UCCUCCUAAAUCCACUGAAGGCAAAGGGCGAAGCCCCCCGCGAGCAGCUUUUUCAAUUGCUGUCCCAUUAAUUGGGGUUGCUGUUGUGCUAUUUGUCAUGGCUUUAGUUUUCCUGAAAAGAAGAUUGCGGAAGAGUCGUGUUGCAAUGGCACCGGAAACAAGUGAUGGAGUUGCUGAGAUCUUAACAGCCGAAUCCUUACAGUAUAGCUUAACUGAAAUUCAAAUUGCCACAAAUAACUUCUCUGUGGAUAACAAAAUUGGCGAAGGUGGAUUUGGUCGUGUAUACAAGGGUGUACUUGGUAAUGGACAAGAAGUAGCUGUUAAAAGGCUGUCAAGGAGCUCAGUGCAAGGUGCAGAAGAAUUUAAAAAUGAAAUUGUAGUAGUUGCAAAGCUUCAACACAGAAAUCUAGUUCGGCUAUUGGGAUUUUGCCUGGAAGGAGAAGAAAAGAUACUCAUCUAUGAAUUUGUUGCCAACAAAAGCCUUGACUACUUUCUCUUUGAUCCAGAAAAUAAACGAUCAUUGAACUGGUCAAGACGUUACAAUAUCAUAGGAGGUAUAGCAAAAGGACUUCUUUAUCUGCUUGAGGAUUCUCGUCUAAGAAUUGUUCAUCGCGAUCUCAAAGUAAGUAAUAUAUUAUUGGAUGAAAAUAUGAGUCCAAAGAUAGCAGAUUUUGGCAUGGCAAAGAUUUGUGGAGUUGAUCAAUAUGAAGGAAACACAAAUAGAAUUGCAGGGACAGUUGGUUAUAUGGCUCCUGAAUACACAAGGUGGGGUCAGUUCUCACUAAAGUCAGACGUGUUUAGUUUUGGGGUUGUAAUUUUGGAAAUUGUCACGGGCAAGAAGAGCAGUGACUUCCAUCAAUCUAGAGAUUCCGAAGACCUUCUAAGCUAUGCUUGGAACCAUUGGAGACGCGGCCAAACUUUAGCUCUUUUGGAUUCAAGCGUUGGAGAUUCUUAUGCCAGAAAUGAAGUCAUUCAAUGCAUCCAAGUUGGCUUACUAUGUGUUGAAGAAGAUGCCAGUAAAAGACCCAAAAUGGCUUCCGUGGUCAGCAUGCUCAAUCCUGGUUCUGUUUCCCUACCAACUCCACAUCGUCCGGCGGUUUUCCGGAGCAAUGGAUCGGAGAGCAGGGUAGACGAGCUGAAAGUUGAUCAACCCAACACUCAAAGAAUUUCAGCUCCAAGCUCUGUCAAUGAUGCAUCAAUUACUGAACCAUAUCCCAGAUGAAGGAAGAAAUAGGCCAAUUCUGGAAGAAAAUAUCAAGUUCAUCAUCAGCAUUAUGUUGUAGAUUUUGAAGCAUGAUUCAUUUACCAGGAAGGUAUCUAAAUUUGCCCACUAUUGUUGGAAAUUAGGGGAUCGUUUCAAUGUUUGCUUCUUCACACUAAUUGACUUCUUCCACCUUAGGGGUAUAAGGAUGUGCUUGAAAGAAAAUGCAAGUUGU